ACACUCGGCUUCUGCAGUCUUCCAUGGCUCUUCGAACGCUAAUCACCAGAAAAUCGCUAGGGUUAGGGCUAGGGGUUUCGCAGUCCGUUCGUGGCCUGCAGACCGUCUCUCUUCCCGAUCUCCCGUACGACUAUGGGGCUCUGGAGCCCGCUAUUAGCGGCGAGAUUAUGAAGCUCCACCACCAGAAGCACCACCAGACCUACAUAACCAACUACAACAAAGCCCUAGAGCAGCUCCAUGAAGCCAUGGAAAAGGGCGAUUCAUCUACGGUUGUCAAGUUGCAGGGCGCCAUCAAGUUCAACGGCGGAGGUCAUGUCAACCACUCAAUUUUCUGGAAGAAUCUCACCCCUGUUCAUGAAGGAGGUGGUGAACCCCCAAAAGGUUCACUGGGUUGGGCUAUAGACACACAUUUUGGUUCCAUGGAAGCAUUGGUAGCAAAAAUUAAUUCAGAAGGUGCUGCUGUACAGGGCUCUGGAUGGGUUUGGCUUGGUCUGGACAAAGAUUUGAAGAAGCUGGUGGUUGAAACUACUGCAAAUCAGGAUCCACUGGUAACUAAAGGACCAAACUUGGUUCCAUUGCUGGGUAUAGAUGUUUGGGAGCAUGCAUACUACUUACAGUACAAGAAUGUGAGGCCGGAUUACCUGAAGAACGUAUGGAAAGUGAUAGACUGGAAAUAUGCCAGUGAAGUGUAUGAGAAAGAGUGCCCUUGAACAACAGGCUUUGAGAGAGAUGGCUACGUCUUACAUGUUUGUAGGAGCGAGGCAAUAAAAAUGAUGUGGGACUGACUGAUGGGAGUAUAUGAUCCCAUGUUGUCUCUUGUUUUUCUUUUCUGCUUAUCAUAAUACAAUGUCUUAUCUUUUCCUGUUC